UAUGCUCUCUACCUCUUCUCUCAUUCUCUGCCUCCCUCGCUUCACACCCUCUCUCGCUCUCUCUCGCACUCACACCCUCUUUCCUCCACCCUGCUGCAGACAUGGCCGAAGUUUUCGUUGGCAAAUGGGACCUCAAGGAUAGCGAGAAAUUUGAUGAAUACAUGAAGAAGCUGGGUGUGGGCUUUGCUACACGUACAGUGGGAAACCACACCAAGCCCACCACCAUCAUUUCAGUGGAGGGUGACGUAGUGACGGUGAAGACCAAGAGCGCCGUGAAGAACACGGAGCUCUCCUUCAAGCUCAAUGAGGAGUUUGAUGAGACCACCGCCGACGAUAGGAAAGUUAAGUCCCUUGUGAAAGUAGAGGAUGGGAAGUUGGUGCACACACAGAAGUGGGAUGGCAAAGAGACCAGUCUGGUCAGGAGCGUCGAUGGCAACGCCCUCAUACUGACACUUACAAUGGAUGAUGUUGUUUCCACACGUCACUACGUAAGAACAGAGUGAAACCCAACCCUGAAACCUCCCUCCAGCAUCUACUUCAUCAGCUAAAGCCGUGCACCCCCAAACUCCCUAACACCACUUGAACUCCGCUAAGCAAACCCUUUGAACGGCCACUGUGGAUUCCCCUCAAUGUCCUUUCCUACUGUAAGCUCAGUAUUAACUUUACUGCUGACUCUUUUCUUUGUGCUGUUCCUCCUUCUGUAAGAGACACUGAAUAAAUUACGAUGAUUUGUUGUUGUUUGUUCUCUAAAGAUCCGGUCCAGCAUUGUUUUAAAUUUUUGAUGUUUUUAUGUGUUAUGCACGGUGGCUAUGUUAAGCCUGGAAAAGUGUUUGAAUUUGAACGUUUGCCUUCUGAGACCUGAACAAAACUAAAUAAAAGUGUCUUCACUGUCAAACCAACUGGCAAAACAAUGUGAAA